UUUUUUUUCUCUCAUCUCUUUCUUUUUUUUUUUCCCUCACACAUGUCUCGAUUCUUGACACCUACACCAUCACAUAGUAAUCGUAGUUUCAAAAGUAUCAAAAGUUAUAAUACAGAUGAUAUUUGGAUGGCAAGGGAAGAAUGUCAUCAUCAAGCCGAUGUUGCAAUAGACGAUUGGACUGCGUGUUUGAAGAGUAUACAAUCCAAUAGCCAUGAACAUACUAUGAAGAUAGCUAAACAAUUUACUCAAGUUGAUGGUCAUGCCAAACAUACACUUCAAGCCCUUGAAAAGACAAGUAAAACUUUAGAUCUACUCUUGAAUCAAAAAGUAGCCAUGUUAUCCACCGUAUCUACUUUGACAGAAAUCCAAUCCAAUCUUGGUGUAGAGAAAUUAGCAAAAUCGCAUUGGUUGAACCCUUCUCCUUGAUACCUUCCUUCUUCCAAAUAUAUAUCUAUGAAUUAUAUAUUAUCUCUUUU